UAGCGCGGUCGUAAAACAAGCGUCGGGAGCCGCGCGGCUGCAGCGGCUGCAGCGAUGCCGGGAGUAACCAAGUACAAUCUAGUGGAUGACGCGCACGAUCUGAGGGUCCCCAUGCACAACGAGGAGGUGUUUAAACAUGGGGUCAGCUUCGAGGCAAAGUACAUCGGCAGCUUAGAGGUGGGUCGCCCUGGCAGCCGAAUGGAAAUUGUCGCCGCAAUGAGGAGAAUCAGAUAUGAAUUCAAACUGAAGAACAUCAAGAAGAAGAAGGUCAACAUUGUUGUAUCUACCGACAGUGUCAAAGUGAUCCUACGCAAAAAGAAGAAGAGAAAAGGAUGGUCAUGGGAUGAGAAUACCAUCUUGGUGACACAGGAUCCCAUCCACAGGAUCUUUUACGUGUCACACGACGCUCAAGACCUGAAGAUUUUCAGUUACAUCGCGCGAGAUGGACAGAGCAACAUUUUUCGGUGCAAUGUGUUCAAGUCGAAGAGGAAGUCUCAGGCCAUGAGGAUUGUGCGGACGGUGGGUCAGGCGUUUGACGUGUGUCACCAGAUGACCCUGGACCAGAAAACUGAUGAUGAUGAUGAGGAUGAGGAGGAUGAGGGGAAGGCUGGGGAGCUAGAAGGAGCACCAGCAAAGAAGAGAUCUGCGCCGUCUGAGGAGACGGACCUUGAAGCCACCACGGAGGAGAGCAUUGAGUACGGCUCUUCAUCAGACCCAGAGAAGAGCAGAAGGGAUGAAGGCCUCAGUACGGAUGAAAAGGUGUCCGACGAGCCUCCUCUCCUGCUGAGCUCUCCCCUCCUCGGCGCCUCGGCUUCAGGCGGGUCUGCAGCAGAGGCGUCCUGCUCUGCAGAACUCCAGCUGCAGCUCCUUGAGAAGCAGCUGCAGCAGCAGGAAAUGCAAGGACAGGCAGCUUCAGCACAGAUACACGUGCUCCAGGAGCAGCUGUCCGUGGAGAUGUGUGCGCGGACCGAGGCCCAGGCCAGGGUGCAGAGGCUCCUGCAGCAGAACACGGACCUUCUGCAGCACAUUUCCCUCUUAGUCAAGCAGAUCCAGGAGCUGGAACUCAAAUCCGCUGGCCAGUUGUCAUCGAUGGGAUCCCAAGACAGUCUUCUGGAAAUAACCUUCCGUGCCAAGCCCCCCAUCACGCCCUGCCCGUCCCUCACUCCCUCUUCGUCUGCGGGCCCACUAGCAGCUCAGCCCCAGCUGCAGAUCAGCGAUGCUGCUUGGAUGUCUGCUCUGCCGGGGCCGUGCUCUCCAGGCACGUCAGAGCCCAGCACCACUCCUCUGGGCCUGAGCGGGAGCGGAGUCCGACUCGAGUGCUUUCGCUUCUCAACGGUGGGGUCAGAGAUGCAGGGGCCGGGGGGCCAGGACGCGGGAGAGUCUCCCAGCGACGAAAGCUCACCGCUGGGGGAUCAGGUCCUGGGAGCCCUGGAGCUGCUUCGUUUCAGAGAGUCGGGGAUCGGAUCCGAGUACGAGUCAAACACUGAUGAGAGCGAUGACCGGGACAGCUGGGGACAAGGGGAAGUGCUGGGCGUGGAUGCUGCGGCACGCCUCCUGAAUGUGCUGGAUGCAGAGAGCCUGCCGGACUGCUUGGGUGAUGAGAUGCCUGUUUAACGGUGUUGUUAAAGCUGCACGAGGCAUCUUUCACCUAAUAGAGCACCUCAAGGGAGCCAGGUGACAUUCAGAAGCCGAGGAACUUCUU